AUGGCGGUGGCCCUGUCAGCGGCGGGGUUCAGAGGAGGGCUCUGCUCGGGGUUCCACGGGGACUGGACGGCGCCGUUCGCUGGCGGGGAGGAGCGGGCGCUGCUCGCCAGGAAGGCCUCCGCGGCGGUGGUGCGGGUGCGGACGGCGAAUCCGCCGCCGCGGGCCGUCCCAGUGAUGAAGAACGUGAACGAAGGGAAGGGCCUCUUCGCGCCGCUGGUCGUCGUCACCCGCAACAUCAUCGGCAAGAAGCGGUUCAACCAGCUCCGGGGGAAAGCCAUCGCUCUCCACUCUCAGGUUCCUCUUCUACACUCUCUCUCGGUCUCUCUCUCUCUCUCUCUCUCUCUCUCUCUCUCUCGGUCUCUCUCCCUCUAGGGUUGGAUGUGGGCUGAUGAGGCGGAAUCCAUCUCCUGAUGAGCAGGUGAUCACCGAAUUCUGCAAAUCCAUCGGGGCGGACGGGAAGCAGAGGCAGGGGCUGAUCCGCCUGGCGAAGAAGAACGGGGAGAGGCUCGGGUUCCUCGCCUGA